AUUCAACUUACCUAUGCCAUUCGUCUCUUUUGGGUUCCUCCACCGGCCGCCCAACCAUCAUUGCAUGCUUCAACUUUCAAAAAUAAUAUCGGGCAAGCAAAAAUCGAAGAUGAUUCAAGCGUCGCUCCGGAUCUUCUCUUGAGCCAAAUUGCCCAGUUUCAGGAAGACAGUGAAUUGACCUGCCUUAAGCAGGCAUUCAUCUCUUGGUACCGAUCCAAGCUUGUUUCCAAGGCAGAGACAUUUUUGUCUACUUCAAAAGAGGAGGAGAGAUAG